UCCAGGGGUUUCCUUCCCAGGGUACCAAGGGCUUUCCAUCCUCCACGCAGGAUAGAAGAAGACCAGUUCCCACGCAUUGUGGAGAUCCGCGGUGACUGUAGCAACAGACUACUCCUACAGGAAAAAAAAUAAAAACUCGGGGUUUUGGUGACAGGAACCAUGCGCAAUGACUGACUCUGUGGUCGGAUCCAAGCGUUGCACAGAAAUUUAGUCCGCAUCAUUCAGCACUGCGAGAGAGAGAGGCUGGGCUGGACUCUCAGACUGUGAUAGUGUAGCCAUGACGGACACAGUGAUGAGCAGCAGUUCGGAUCGCUGGGUGUCCAACGACAGGCAGAGAACCAUGCAUGCGAGCGAUAAAGAGCAGGGCAACUGGACCAUGCAGCCAGGCCCUGGUUCUGGUCCAGACCUGACAGAUGAAGAGAAAGAGAUUAUAAACAGCGUGAUUGCGCGUGCUGAGAAAAUGGAGGCCAUGGAACAGGAGAGGAUUGGGCGCUUGAUAAACCGCCUGGACGACAUGAAGAAGACUGUGUGUGGGGAUGGAGUGUCCCGCUGCGUGCUGUGUGGGGAGCAGCUUGGCUCACCCGGGGUCAGCUCAGUGGUGUGUGAAGACUGCAAAAAGAACAUGUGUACCAAGUGUGGUACACAGUGCAGCAGUCGGCCACGCGCUGUGUGGCUAUGCAAGAUCUGCAGAGAACAGCGAGAGGUGUGGAAGAGGUCUGGUGCCUGGUUCUUUAAAGGUUUUCCUAAACAUUUCCUACCUGCGCCCAUGCCGUUAUCUAAACCAAGAGAGGAUGCAGCUGAGCCCCAAGGACCACCAGCCUCUGAGCCCAGGGGGUCAGCAACCCAGCCACAACCACCAGGGCUGGAGCCACAGGACCGCGCUGGUUACCCACCUGUGGCCCCUAAACCAUCAGCCGUGCGCAUGGCCACGGGUGGAGCAGGACCUGAAGAGGCAGGGCAGGGAAGCCCAGUGGUCAUGAAGAAGAUGGUGCCUGUCCAGAGCUCCAGACCGCAGCCUGCUGGUUCAGUGGCAGGAGAUGGGGGUGCCUACUCUUCUGGUGCAGUUCCUCCAGAGCAGAGAGCGCCCUCCGCAGUACGAGAGGACAGGAGGCAGCCCGCUGCCUACAGUGCUCCUCUCGCUCGACAGCAACCUCCCCCAGCUGCGGAGGAGGAGGAAGUCAACGACUAUGACUCUGAUGAAGCCACCACUCUGGGCUCUCUAGAGUUCAGUCUGCUCUAUGAACAGGAAAGCAACAGUCUCCACUGUAGCAUCCUCAAAGCAAAGGGAUUGAAGCCCAUGGAUUCAAAUGGUCUGGCAGAUCCUUAUGUCAAGCUUCAUCUGCUGCCAGGAGCUAGUAAGUCUACAAAGUUGCGCACAAAGACCUUGAGAAACACCCGCAACCCCAUGUGGAAUGAGACACUCACCUACCACGGCCUGACAGAUGAAGAUAUGCAGCGCAAGACCCUCAGGCUGUCUGUCUGUGAUGAAGACAAGUUCGGGCACAAUGAGUUUAUUGGGGAAACCCGAGUGGCGCUGAAGAAACUGAAACUGAACCAGAAGAAAAACUUUAACGUGUGUCUCGAGAGAGUUGCCCCUACGAAGAGAACCGCAACAGUCGGAGGAGCUCGAGGCAUCGCCCUCUACGAAGAUGAGACUGGGAAAGAUGGUGGAGAGGUAGAGGAGCGCGGUCGCAUCCUGAUCUCCCUCAUGUACAGCACCCAGCAGAACCGUCUGAUCGUGGGCGUCGUGCGCUGCGUUCAUCUGGCCGCCAUGGAUGCUAAUGGCUACUCUGACCCUUAUGUCAAAAUAGUCCUGAAACCUGACAUGGGGAAGAAGGCCAAGUGCAAAACGCAGAUCAAGAAGAGGACUUUGAACCCAGAGUUUAAUGAGGAAUUCGGCUACGACAUCAAACACAGCGAACUGGCCAAGAAGACUUUAGAUAUCUCUGUGUGGGAUUAUGAUAUUGGGAAGUCCAAUGACUACAUUGGUGGGUGUCAACUGGGGAUUACUGCCAAAGGAGAAAGGCUGAAGCACUGGUAUGAGUGUUUGAAGAACAAGGACAAGAAGAUUGAGCGCUGGCACACCUUGAUGAACGAGAAUCAUGUCGCUAGUGAUUAACCACUUGCCCCCCCCCUUGAUAUAGCAUGAGCUAAAACUCCCUACUUGGUUAGCAUUCAUCUCCUAAAGCACUUUUUUUUCCAUUUUAUUGUUUUUAAAAUAUUCUUUCACUACCAGACGAUCAAACAGGCACUGCUUUCACGCCUCCUUUCCUCUGAUGUAGUAUAUUCUUCUUUCCUGUCUUCUUAUUAACAAUUUCUCUGCCUGUGCUGAUACUUAAUCUGCCUCUGGGACAACUCAUGGCAUAAAUGAAUUAGCGAUUUCAUUAAUCUAACCAGGACAUCUGUUAAUGAACAGCUGCACAGACCAUCAUGCCUGUCAGUGAUGUUAUACAGUGUGCUGAACCUGACGCAUUCCUCGCAAAAGAAAAAUGAAGUUUGAAAUUGCACUGGCGCAGAACAAGAAAAGCAAUAUGUUAUGGCAUCCGAGGUUGCAACCGUCAUUCAAGCUCACAAAAGCCUCGAUUGAGCUCAUGCCUGAAAUUCAUUAGACUGUCAGGGUAUUAUUUUUUGAUUUCUCGUGUGAUUACGUCACGCUGUAGUGUAACACUUGAACUGUAUACGCAUGCCAAGCCACAGACAUAAGAGUACAUGCAGCUGCACCUUUCAAAUAUUCCAGCUGUGCCCACUGUCUUGAACAUGUUGUAUAUUUCCAUGAAGAAAUGUUUACAUACUGAUAUGUUGCUCAGGUUAGGAUAGAAAUAACAGAAAGCUGAUAAUAGGCCUACAAGAUGAUUCGUAAAUAAGUGGAGCAGGAGCUAGAUGACUCUUUCAUCAGUUGCUGUUAAUUUGUGAUUUAAAAUUAUAGCACACCUAGUUAAACAUGGGGAGUUUUUAUGUAUGGUUAUUUAAGCUGUGAAAUUUUGAGUUUGUGGGAAGUAUUAAGUGUGUGAUUAGAGAAGCUGAAAAGUGAACGCAAUGUUUAUUUUUUCAGUUUAUUUCUUAGUUGUGAUGAGAAUUGGCAGGAAAAAAAAGGAAUUUCCUCCUCACCUCUGCUCUUCUGAAGCUCGCGGUUCACUCUGACACCUCAGAGGUUUUCUAUGGCAGUUUUUACACUGAACGCACACGGUCCGGUUUCUUACAGGUUUCCCUAACAAAAUUUGCCUGCUGUACUUAACAGGGAGAGAAGGUGGAACAGGUUUUGUCAUAAGUAUGUGCAGCUUUACUUGCAUGCACUGUGCUCGUGACUCUCGUGUGCCUGGGGCAGUCGUGGCCUGCUUUUACCUUAACAUACCCUUUGCACAAAGCAGGGCCCCCCCUUUCCCCUUCUGCCACGCCCCAAUCAUUCAAGGCUUUAGUGUGUGUUUGUUCACUAAUCACAGCAAACCAAGGAAAGCACACCUUAACAAGUGGAAUGACCUCAAUUUAUAAAGCUGUUUGCAAGUUAUUCCAAAAACAAAGACAAAAACAAAAAAUCCUAUGCAUGAAAUGUCUUGUGGUUCAAGAUAUAUGUACUUUGUAAGAAAUUAACGCUAUUGUAAUUCCAUUAAUGUUUACACUUCUUCCCCAUAACAUUCCUGUUAAUACUUUAUAUACAAAAGGCCAUAUUCUGCAUGACUAUGGUGACUAUGGUGUAAUCUGAAUAAACUGGUCUGAUAGCAUCCACAGGAUAUAGGCUGAUAAUCUGAUAUCAACUGAGCACAUCAACAAGACUUUAUCCAACUCUACAAGUAGCAGACAUUGAGAUAAAAUUAAUUUACUUUGAAUGCCACUUUCUGUAAACACACAUUCAAUUCUCUCCAGUGUCUUAUUUUCUCUGCACAGCCACUCUGGCCCCAUGUGGCAGUGAUUCCAACACCUAUCAGUUUUUGUUUUUUUUUGGUUUUCUUUUCUCUUUCUUUUUUGUUAUAUUUUAGUGGAAGCAAUUACGGGUUGCUCUUUAUCUGAGGUGGGUAGUUAACGGGACACAGGCCUACAUAUGCCAAACCAACUGUUUAGUCUUCAUCCUUGAAGUCUUCUCUUGUCUAAAAUGGAAACAUUGUGCUUGGAAACACUUCAGAUAGAGUAUGAAUCUCGCCUUUUGUGUUGCUUGUCCAUGUUUGUUUUCGAAUGGGGUCAAACACCCUCUAUGACAGU